AUGACGGCGCUGCUGAAGGUCUUCCUUGCGACGGCGCUUCCGCAGGCAGCUGCUGAAGGAAUCCAGGUCAUUGCAGCCGGCGUCUCAAGGACUUCAACGCAGUCGCUGUCGCUCGCUCUGGCAAAGCUGGGCCACAAGACCCUUCAUGCAGAAGGCUUUCAUCCGAAACUGCAGCUGGCAAGGGAAGCACCGGACAUCGUGGACCGUGUGACCAAGGCAGCUCGACGGUCCUUCGCCGAACACAGUUUCGAGGUGCUGGAGCCUACGCUGGAACAGCUGGAGAUGCUGAACGUCACGGCGUUGGUAGAUAUCCCGUGGUCCCAGUAUGGAGUUGAGCUCCACCGACGCUAUCCCAAGGCCAAGGUUAUCGUGACUGUUCGUGACAAAGAGUCCUGGUUUCGCAGCUACUGGGAGCAUUUCCGCUGGGGGGCCCUGCUGCCCCCGCCCCCGUUCCCAUCCUUUCCCAUCACGCAGCCGUUCCCGUUGACAGUUCUCUACCAGCCCUUUGCGCAGUAUUGGCGUCUGGUCUCAGAGCGGAUUGGCUGUGGUGCAGUGACGCGGUUUCCACCAUGGCCACUGACGGACGACGAGAAGCAAUCAUGUCUGGAUGGCUUUGAGGAGCACUUGCAGAGGCUGAGACAGGCCAUCCCGCCAGAGGCGCUCUUAGAGUACAACAUUCGAGAAGGCUGGGAGCCCCUUUGCCGCUUCUUGGACCGGCCAAUCCCAGAGGAGGCCUUUCCCAGGGAAGAUUCCUACAGCUCACUGCACUGGAAGGUGGGCCCCUGGAGCUUCAUUGUGAUGGUGUACCUGGGCUACUGCCUGCCAGUCCUGGUCGUCAGUCUAUUGCUGCGUUGGCACAGAGGAUUGAGAGGGAAAGGCGUGCAAGUGGUUAGCUGCGACUUCUCCGGGCCCUCCAGCUUGGUGAAGCAGGCGCGCGGUGCCAUGUGCAAGUACAUCGUUCAGAAGCGCAUCAAACAUCCGGCCGAUUUGAAGAAGUUUACAGGAGAUGCGAAGAACAGGUUUGUCUUCAACGCUGCAAAGUCCAGCAACAGCAAGCUCGUAUUCACGCGUGGAGGCGCAACCAAGAGGAAAUCCGUUGAGGCACUGUGGCCCAAGAAACGCAGGCGGACGUGA